UGGAAGCACUGUUGACAGGCUCACUGUUUUGACAACUUCUCAAUCAUUUUGAUUUUAUUUGCUCAUCUGCAAAAAUUACACUUCCUUUUUCUUCUAAAUCGCUUCAGCGCAACCGGAGAAAACUAUUUCUGGUACUUAAGACUCCUUUUCUUCUAGUUUUCUCACGAACACCGCCUUUUUCGCCUUGCCUAAGGUAUGUUUUAUCCUCAAACAGCAAUUUUUGUUUACAUCGUACGUCAAUAUCAUCGUCUUUGUUGAAAUCCUUGUAGAAUCGGCGAAUUUGUGCGAUUCACGUCUUCGGGCUGUAUAAUAUCAACAGGAAACAUCGAAAUAUUUGAUCAAGGUAUGUUGUAAACUUUGUACAGCACUUAAAUUUCCUGAAUUGCUCUUGAACUACGACUUUGCAUUCGGUUUGACAGGAUAUAAACAAUUUUUAUGAUAAUUUGUAUUAAUAUACAGUAACACACAAACUUUAUACCGUAGUGGCAUAUCGUCCCUGCUAUUUUAACAAUAACACAACAGCAUUUCUAUGCGAACUCUAUAAAAAUGGACAAUGUCUGAUACACGAAUAUUUGCGAUAAGAUAUUUCGCAAGAUAGGGGGUAUAUGGGUCGCUGUUAAAUACUUAAAUACUAUUGAUUAUAUAUUAAAGUCACAGAGAAAUCCUAUUUGAGAGAUUAAUCUGGUGAAGAGUAGGCCUCUGAAAUUGAAUAUAAAUGCUGUUGUAGAAUUUGUAGCUAGGCAUAAUUUUACAGUGCAGUUUUAGACUUGAAAUGCAUUCCAGCAUAUUCCACUCAAUUAUUUGGGCAAUUGAACAUUUCCUGUAGACGUGUAAGAUUCCUGAAAUACAUCAAUUGCAAAUGAAGGUGAGGCGUGCAUAAAUUAAACAUUUGUUCAUUAUUUCAAACUUGAUGUUUAUUGGAUGAAAGUUGACCUUUCUAGGGUUGAACUUUGUUGUCGCUAAGGUAAAACUUUACAAUGAUAAUGCAAGAUUGUUUAUGUUGUACUAUAAAAUAAAAUUCACAAUGUUCAGUCUCUGUACUCUACAUUAAAUAAGUAUAUUGAUACCAUCUCACUCAGAAAUACAGUAUAUGAUGCAUGUGCACAAAUCCUGCCUGGCAUGAUCUACUACUGGUGGGGUGCAGGGGGGUUGCACCCCCAAGUGGUGUCCAGCACCAGAGGGCUUUACAGUCAACUCGGCCCACUAACCAACUCGGCCAUUGACCGUUCAAGGACCAACUCCGCCCGCUUGUAAACUGACUAAUCUAACCAUUAAACAAGCUAGGAACCAUGACUGUGUUCUAUCUUUGCAAACUUUGAGAGAGAUUUGAAUGAUCAGUAAUUUAGUAUCAAAACGGACAGAUCGAGAAUUUGAAACUUCGAUAGAUUCUUUAAUUAAAUUAAGUCAAAUUGGAUGUUCUCAAACUUUACUCAUCUGUACGCCCAAUGCAACUGCAAAUGGCUGUAUUGGUUUGGUGCUAUCUUUUGUAAAAUAUUAGCUUUCCCAAUAUGUCAAACAGUAGUUAACAAUUGGGCCAAGAUGGUAUGGGCCGAGUUGGUCAGUGGGCCGAGUUGACCAGCUUCCCACCAGAGGCUGUGGAAGCAUUUCGAAAGUGAGAGACACUGACUAGAAAGGGCACUUGAGUCAGCAAACAUUCUAAAUAUGUUAGAUGUGUCCUAUUACAUUAGGUCUAGAGAUUUGGUUCAACAUACAGCCUCAGAUGUUAUACAUAUACUCUAAUGGCUCUCCUAUGCUGAACAUGAACACAUUAACCACAAAUUUAACAAGAACACUUUUUAUUAACAAAGGCUUAAAGGGGCAUUUAUAAUUCCUCUUUAAUUGCUGGAAAAAAGGGCACUUUUAAUUAGGGAUCCACCCAAAAAAUAUUUUAACCAAUAACUGGGUUUUGAGCGAAGGCCCUUCAUCGGAAAAUCACUAUUCUAGGGAAGUCACAUACUGACAGAAGGCCUUGAAAUCUCCAAGUUCUGCAUGUAUUUUUUAGGUAGUUGUAUCUUGUUUGAGAUAAUAAGUUAGUUUAGGAACUCUUGGGGCAUUUAGAGUCAUUAAUAGUUGAUGAGAGUUGCUUGGAAGGACACAUGUUCGGCCAAAACAAAAUAUGGUUGGACAUUUAUCAACUUUUCUCAGACAAUAAACAAAGUAAAAUGUUUCGUAUCUUUUUGAGCACGACAUACAUAGGUCUCACUUCAGCUAAUUAAUUUUCUGAAGCGUUCUCUGAUCGUAAAAUUUCUUUAAACACAAGCUUUCGAUUGCCAGUCUGCAGUCUUCGACAGAUAAAGUGAUACUAAAUUAUAGCUAACUUUACCUAUCGAAGACUGGCAGUCGAAAGCUUGUGUUUAAAGAAAUUUUACGAUCAGAGAAUGUUUCAGAAACUUUAUUAUAAAUCCUGGUCGCGCAUCUAGCAAUUUUAGAGUAUUAGGGAUUUUUCAGUUGGCCAUGUUCUUAGCAAGUGCCCUAAUGUGAAUUCAAAUGUCUAAUAUAAAAAAAUAUUUUUUGACACAUUUUUGCUAAUGAAAUGAAAGAUUGAUAAACAGCAGUUUCCACAUCAUUUCUUACUGUAGUAAGCUGUAACAUAUGACAUGGUACAAGUUAUAACCUAAACCAUAAUUUACUGAUGCAUUAGGACUGGUGGGUAAUUAUACUCAGUUGUAAAUGCUUUAUUGUAGUGUGGACUAAUAAGUGGUCUUCGUAGAGUGGAACAGGUAAAACAGGUUUUUCAACAGGUAUAAGCGUCAAGCCGCACCUAGAAACAUCUAGGGGAACUGGAGUGUAUACCCACAAAAUCUGAAGUCUCUGAAUUCGAAAUGGCGGUAAUCUGAGUGGUCAUUGAAACAGUAAAUUUUACCGGUUACCGCCUGAUAAGGAGAUACUUCGUCUGUGCUUUGAAGGUGAAUUGAAGCUCUCAUCCACGUUUGACUGGGUCCUUACUUUUCUUACGUUUCAGAAGCGAAAACAUGAAUCCAGUGCGCGUUUGGGGAAACGGCUGUUAUGAUGUGUUUCAUUUUGGACACGCGAACUUCAUACGACAGGCAAAGCUGAUGGGUGAUGUUAUGAUCGCAGGAGUACAUGGCGAUGCUGAUAUCAUGCAGAAUAAAGGCAAACCUGUCAUGGAUGAGGUGGAACGUGCUCGGAUGAUUUCUGCUGUUAGAUGGGUUGAUGAAAUUGAAGAGAAUAUCCCUUAUGGCAACGUACUCAAGACCCUCGAUGACUACAACUGCGAUUUCUGUGUGCACGGUGACGACAUUGCCCGCGACGCCAACGGCAACGACAUCUACCAAGAGUGCAAGGAGAAAAAUCGUUUCCGAGAAUGCAAGAGAACCGAGGGAAUUUCCACGACUGAACUUAUAGACCGAAUUCUUCUAGGCACCGACAUGAACUUCUUCGGACCCGAGUUUACAAGGAAGGGUAGCAAGAUAAAAUCCAGAAUAAUGCCCCAAGAAUACUACGAGCAGAAAAUUAAAGAGUUUACUCCUCCGAAUUUGUUUCCAAAGGAAGGUGAUACAAUUCUCUAUACACAAGGAGUAUUUGAUCUGAUGCAUUCAGGUCAUGUCGAUUACUUGGAGAAAUGUAAGAAAUCCGGAAAAAAUGGCUUCCUUAUUGUUGGCAUUCUCGGUGAUGAAGAAGUGAAUCGUAUUUAUGGAACCUAUCCAAUCACAAAUGCUUACGAGAGGGCACUGGCUCUCCUCUCCUGUCGUUAUGUUGACCAAGUUAUCAUUGGAGUAUCGUUUUAUGUCACUGAAGAAAUUAUUACAAAACACAAGGUAAUUAUAGGGACAAUUAGAUUACGCCGUGGACUUUGGGCUAAGAGGCUCCCAAGGCGAAAGCAAGAGUUUGUAUGUCCGAGACAACACGGACGGCUUGUGAAAUGCCUUGAUGAGAACAUUCGUAUUCUUCAACGAUUUAAAAUAAAUUGAUUAACUCAAAAUUUAUGUAAAUCAUCAUGAUUUUGUAUCAGAUAUACAAACUCCUUCACGCUCAUGAUUUCUUUCGUGUUUUCUUCAUGAAUUAUUGAGUUUCACAAUGAGUUUAAGAGGUACAAGAGAAACAUUGAUAAAGUAUAAUUUUGUAUUUAAGGUGGAUUAUGUUUGUCAUGGAAAGGUUUGGGACUGUCCUGAUGAUCCAUACGCAGUACCGAAAGAGAGAAAUAUUUACCGCGUAGUGGACAGUGGCAGUGAUAUGACCACGGAGAUGAUCAUCGAGAGAAUUGUUAGUCAUGCGUAAGUAUAACAUAGUGUAUAUACACAUAUAUAUAGUAUAUACACACUCUUCGCCUUUCUUAAGUCUGGUUUACACGAUCAAAGUUUCUGUGAUCACAGUAGGAAUUUUGCAAAGGUAAAUUCUAAGUUUUGAAGGAUUUGUAAGAAAUGUUUGAGGGAACUUACUGAGUGUUAUAAAGGAUGGUUUACACUAUCAAGGUUUCUGUGAUCACAGUAGGAAUUUUGCUUAGAUAAAUUCUAAGUUUUGAAGGAUUUGUGAGAAAUGUUUGAGGGAACUUACUGAGUGUUAUAAAGGAUGGUUUACACUAUCAAAGUCUCUGUGAUCACAGUAGGAAUUUUGCAUAGAUAAAUUCUAAGUUUUGAAGGAUUUGUAAGAAAUGUUUGAGGGAACUUACUGAGUGUUAUAAAGGAUGGUUUACACUAUCAAAGUUUCAGUGAUCACAGUAGGAAUUUUGCAUAGAUAAAUUCUAAGUUUUGAAGGAUUUGUAAGAAAUGUUUGAGGGAACUUACUGAGUGUUAUAAAGGAUGGUUUACACUAUCAAAGUUUCUGUGAUCACAGUAGGAAUUUUGCAUAGGUCAAUUCUAAGUUUUGAAGGAUUUGUAAGAAAUGUUUGAGGAAACUUACUGAGUGUUAUAAAGGAUGGUUUACACUAUCAAAGUUUCUGUGAUCACAGUAGGAAUUUUGCAUAGGUAAAUUCUAAGUUUUGAAGGAUUUGUAAGAAAUGUUUGAGGGAACUUACUGAGUGUUAUAAAGGAUGGUUUACACUAUUAAAGUUUCUGUGAUCACAGUAGGAAUUUUGCAUGGGUAAAUUCUAAGUUUUGAAGGAUUUGUAAGAAAUGUUUGAGGGAACUUACUGAGUGUUAUAAAGGAUGGUUUACACUAUCAAAGUCUCUGUGAUCACAGUAGGAAUUUUGCAUUGGUAAAUUCUAAGUUUUGAAGGAUUUGUAAGAAAUGUUUGAGGGAACUUACUGAGUGUUAUAAAGGAUGGUUUACACUAUAUCAAAGUUUCUGUGAUCACAGUAGGAAUUUUGCAUGGGUAAAUUCUAAGUUUUGAAGGAUUUGUAAGAAAUGUUUGAGGGAACUUACUGAGUGUUAUAAAGGAUGGUUUACACUAUCAAAGUCUCUGUGAUCACAGUAGAAAUUUUGCAUGGGUAAAUUCUAAGUUUUGAAGGAUUUGUAAGAAAUGUUUGAGGGAUCUGACUCAGACCCCGUUUACAUGGUACCGGACGAAUUUGGGACCGGUCUGAAGUGCGUCCUUUUUCGCCUGUUUACACGCGAAUUCGUCUUGUUAGGGGGUCUCAAAUUCGUCCAGUCUGUGGUUCUCGUGUGUUUACACGGCCGAAUUUCUGACCGGUUCCAAAUUCGUCCGGUACCGUGUGAACGGGGUCUCAGUGUUUAACAUUCAGCUCCCUCUUACGUAUGCCCUGAUUACCGUGUACUGAAAGCCCCGUUUACUGCAAUUUUAGGUGCGAUUUUCGGCAAUCGUUCCAUGUUUCGUGCACCAAUAUAGUAAACGUUAUGUAAUGCAUAUUAUAGUGCACUGCCUGCAAAGUCAACUGGAUACCUCCAUAUACAUGUAUACACAUCCUAACGCUAACGCUAACCCUAACCCUAACCCCUAACCUAUAUUGGUGCGCGAAACAUGGAGCGAUAACCCAAUUUUCUUCUGACGGAUGUGAACGAGUGGAUGAGUUAUGAUGGGGGUUGGGCCUGCACGCGGGCUAGAACAUUCAUGAUUCGUCUACUCGUUCACAUCCAUCAGAAGACGAAUAUCGCACUAGACAUCGCAGCAAAAUUUGCAAGUGUAAACAGACCUUUAAGAAUGAAUGUUUCCAUAUAUUGCAGGGGUAUGUACUACGUUCGAAAUACGAAGAAAUCAGAAAGUCUCUUCUCCGGACAAACACCGAGUAUUGCACCGCAGGAAUCUGUAAAUUAAUAAACAUUCUCACAUUUUAGACUGAGCAAACGAACAUGAGAAAAUUACAUGAGAAUUUAUUUACUGUCAUGCAUGAUUCGCUCAAACAAUAGUUCAGAGUUUCGACAACACAUUCAAAUGAGAAGCUUUACGUCGGGAUAACGGCCUUCUUUAUAUAUGAUCCCGCGGGACGGACGAUACCGUAAAAUGGCUGUAAUUCAACUGCAACGCUACCUUCAGGUAAACUGGCUAUCUUCAAGUCUUUGGACUGGGGGUCAAGACACGCGCGUGUUUAGUCAUGAUUGACCGCCCUGGAUUGACUGUUUGAGCGCUCUACUUCCGUUUAAUUGGAGGUCCUACUGUAAACGAUAUUACAGUCAAACACAUGUCAAAUAACGCAUUUCUUUUUAAAUAAAGUCCAUUUUACCGUAAUUUACAAUUGCAGUGUACUUACUGUAAAAGAUUACGACACAUAUCAAAUAACAGAUUUCGUCUUAAAUGCAGUCCAUUAAGGCAUUAUACUGUGACUGUAAUAUACGAUUACAGUAUACUUACUGUAAAAUGUAACAGUAUAUUAUUCGGUAAAAACCCAGAUAUUUUUAACAGUGAAGAUUACAAAAAAAAGAAAACCGAACUUUUCCCACCAAAUUUUUUGCAACAAGAAAUUCGAAAUCCAGGUAUAUUUAUUAUUUUUGGCUUUAUUAAAAAUGAUCUUGUAUAAAGUGUAAAUCCUCAUGAAAUCUCAUGCGAUUUUCGCGAGAAACGAGUUAAAAUCCUUCGAUCAAACGCAAGAAGGUUUUGUUACAUUUCUCAAUCUCGUUUGGCCAGAGGCUGAGCUUAAGUUAAAAAUGUAUGUACGUAAAUUAGUAUAGUGUCGUAGUUAGCCAAUGAUCAAUAUUUGCACAUAUACCAUGCACAAGUCAUUAAAUUAUUUCCCUUAUUUAAAAGUUGUUGGAACAGCAUUGCUACAAGUCUGCUGCAGGUUUGUUACAACUUGUGUGUUUUUACGUAGUAUUAUCAGGGCGCUAUAAAACACGGGCG